GCCUCCGCCCGCGCCGAGCCGCUCAGCCGCAGCCCCCGGACCCGGAGGAUUAUGAACGAGCCAUGAGGCGGCUGCGGCGCUGGGCGGUCGCGGCGCUGCUGCUGCUGCUGCCGCUGCUCCCCGCGCCCGGUCUUGGGACCCGGGGUCCUGCUGGAGCCCUGCGUUGGAGGGUCUCACCCCAGCUGUGGGGCCCGGAGGCCCCUGAGGUCACAGAGCCCAGCCGUCUGGUCGGGGAGAGCUCCGGGGGAGAGGUCCGAAAGCAGCAGCUGGACACCAGGGUCCGCCAGGAGCCCCCCCGGGGCCCGCCCGUCCACCUGGCCCAGGUGAGUUUCGUCAUCCCAGCCUUCAACUCCAACUUCACUCUGGACCUGGAGCUGAACCAUCACCUCCUGUCCUCGAAGUACGUGGAGCGCCAUUUCAGCCGGGAGGGGACCACACAGCACAGCACCGGGGCUGGAGACCACUGCUACUACCAGGGGAAGCUCCGAGGGAACCCCCGCUCCUUUGCCGCUCUCUCCACCUGCCAGGGGCUGCACGGGGUCUUCUCCGAUGGGGACUUCACCUACAUCGUGGAGCCCAGGGAGAUGGCUGAGCCUCGGGAAGCCCCCCAGGGACCCCUUCCCCACCUCGUUUACCGGACCUCUCUGCUCCCAGCCCCCGCCAGAUGCAGGGAACCAGACUGCCUGUUCGCUGCCCCUGCCCGCUCUGCUCCUCCGAACCGGCCGAGGCUGAGAAGGAAAAGGCAGGUCCGCCGGGGCCACCCCACGGUGCACAGUGAGACCAAGUAUGUGGAGCUGAUCGUGAUCAAUGACCACCAGCUGUUUGAGCAGAUGCGGCAGUCGGUGGUCCUCACCAGCAACUUUGCCAAGUCUGUGGUGAACCUGGCAGAUGUGAUGUACAAGGAGCAGCUCAAUACCCGGAUAGUGCUUGUUGCCAUGGAAACGUGGGCAGAUGGGGACAAGAUCCAGGUGCAGGAUGACCUCCUGGAGACCCUGGCCCGGCUCAUGGUCUAUAGGCGGGAAGGCCUGCCUGAGCCCAGCGAUGCCACCCACCUCUUCUCGGGCAGGACUUUCCAGAGCACCAGCAGCGGGGCUGCCUACGUGGGAGGCAUCUGCUCCCUGUCCAGGGGCGGGGGCGUGAAUGAGUACGACAACAUGGGUGCCAUGGCGGUGACCCUGGCCCAGACGCUGGGGCAGAACCUGGGCAUGAUGUGGAACAAACACCGGAGCUCAGCAGGGGACUGCAAGUGUCCGGACAGCUGGCUGGGCUGCAUCAUGGAGGACACGGGGUUCUACCUGCCCCGCAAGUUCUCGCGCUGCAGCAUCGACGAGUACAAUCAGUUUCUGCAGGAGGGCGGCGGGAGCUGCCUCUUCAACAAGCCCCUCAAGCUCCUGGACCCCCCUGAGUGUGGAAACGGCUUCGUGGAGGCGGGGGAGGAGUGCGACUGCGGCUCUGUGCAGGAGUGCAACCGAGCGGGCGGGAACUGCUGCAAGAAAUGCACCCUGACUCACGACGCCAUGUGCAGCGACGGGCUGUGCUGUCGCCGUUGCAAGUACGAACCGCGGGGUGUGUCCUGUCGAGAGGCCGUGAACGAGUGCGACAUCGCGGAGACCUGCACCGGCGACUCAAGUCAGUGCCCCCCAAACCUGCAUAAGCUGGAUGGCUACUACUGUGAUCAGGAGCAGGGCCGCUGCUAUGGGGGUCGCUGCAAAACCCGGGACCGGCAGUGCCAAGCCCUUUGGGGCCAUGCGGCUGCCGAUCGCUUCUGCUACGAGAAGCUGAACGUGGAGGGGACAGAGCGUGGGAACUGCGGGCGCAAGGGGUCGGGUUGGAUCCAGUGCAAUAAGCAGGACGUGCUCUGUGGCUUCCUCCUCUGUGUCAAUAUCUCUGGAGCUCCUCGGCUGGGGGACCUGGGAGGGGACAUCAGCAGCGUCACAUUCUACCACCAGGGCAAGGAGCUGGACUGCAGGGGUGGCCACGUGCAGCUGGCCGACGGCUCAGACCUGAGCUACGUGGAGGAUGGCACGGCCUGUGGGCCCAACAUGCUGUGCCUGGACCAUCGCUGCCUGCCAGCCUCCGCCUUCAACUUCAGCACCUGCCCUGGCAGCGGGGAGCGCCGCAUCUGCUCCCACCACGGGGUCUGCAGCAACGAAGGGAAGUGCAUCUGUCAGCCAGACUGGACGGGCAAAGACUGUGGCAUCCACAACCCCCUGCCCACGUCUCCGCCCACCGGGGAGACGGAGAAGUACAAGGGUCCCAGUGGCACCAACAUCAUCAUCGGCUCCAUUGCCGGGGCCGUCCUGGUUGCAGCCAUCGUCCUGGGCGGCACGGGCUGGGGAUUUAAAAACAUCAGGCGAGGAAGGUAUGACCCGACCCAGCAGGGGGCAGUAUGACGCCUGCCACCUCAUCCCUCCCACUGUCCGUCUCCAUCUCAUUUGUCAUCUCGCAUUCUGUGGAUGGGACCCAAGGGCUGGCUCCCCUGCACCGCGGUGCUGAUGUCGCUACAGGGGUGGGAGGAUCCACUCCCGGAGGGAAGUCCUCAGCCACUGCCUCUGGCCCACCCAUCCGCUCAGGCCGUGGUCUGUUUGAUCCCGUCCCUCCUACACCCACAUCAGUCCUGGCCCUCCCCGGGCCCCCCAGCCCCCUCCCCCACCCCGGGGAAGGGAGCCUCCCUCUGCAUCCUAUUUGUUUUGUCUGUCACGCCCCUGCUGUCUGACCUUCCACCAGCUCCCCUCCCUGGCCAGCCUGUGACUGGCUGUCUCCAGGGCGCCGCAGUCACCUGGGGCCCAUCUUGGAGGGGUCUUCCUCUGGGCCCUGCCUCGUGUGCUGCCCCGAUGCCCCUUCUCCCUUCCAGGUCUGGAGGGGCCUAAGCGCCACACCCCUCCCUCCAAGCCUGGCACCCACGUCUCAGCCCGGCACCGGGAAGCUGCCCCCGCCCAGCCGUGGAGGGAGGCACCAUUGCACUGUCUUCCAGGCCCAAGCCUUCCCACUCCCGGCCCCACAGGGGUUUGGGUGGGGGCUGCGGCCCUGCCCUUCACACCACCAGGGUGGACCAGGCCUGGGGCAUCUCCCUCACGGGCCCCCACCCGACCUCACGCGGCUUUGGCCUUGCACACCAACUCUCUUCUGUGUGAAUGUAGCGUCCAUCAUCACAGUGGUGGGGGGAGGGGGGAGGGGUGCCCCCGGGGGCGUGGCCUAGAGGGGCUCUUCCUCGAAACCAGCAGCUGGGACAGGGUUCCGGCUCUCUGGGCCUUCGGGAGAGGGGGCUGAGAUCAAACUUUUUAAAAAAACUGAAUCUUAACCUAUGAAUGUAACUCUGGGGGUGCCGGGCCCGGCAGUCUGGGAUGUUUUGGCCAUUCGUGGGCGGGGCUGGAGGAACGGAGGCGUGGCCCUCCCCUGGGAGGACUACACCUGGAUGGAAGCUUCUCUCGGAACACUGACGCCCCCAGCUGGGCGGGGCCGCGCCCUCCCGGCCCUGCUGAGGCCCGGGAGCAGCGUGAGCGCGGAUCCAAACCAAAGCUGCCUGCUCCGCGCCGAGCCCGGAUUACGGGCGCGGUGACCCCACGUCCCAGAUUGUCUUCAAUUCAAAGUGACCAUCCUGCCGUCCCUGCCAGGACGCAUGCAUUUGGGGGCCUAGAAAAUGCAGCCCCUUAAAUAAAGUGGCACCUCCCCCCUUUCAAGAAGGGCGAUUCUGGGGCCGACUCAGGGUUUAGGUGCCCCCUGGCGCGGCCUAGCGGUCCCAGGCUGGGCCACCUUUUCCUGGGAGGACUUUCCCACGUAGGGGAGGCCUGAGGUGGCCCAGUGCCUGGAGGGUCAGGAGUUCUGCCUGUGAUGUGCAUGAGGAGGUAGGAAAAGGCGGGUCUCAUGGGUGGUCUUCAGCUUCUAGAAAAGUCCUCAAGGCCCCGUCAAACCCACUCCGCCCCUUACCCCCACCCCAGGGCCGAGUAGCAAGUUUACAGUUGUUUCCCCCUCGUGUCCGCGGGUCCCCGCUGCAGCGGAGGCCGAGGGACGGGUGGAGGCCGGGCGCACUUCCUCAGUCCUCCGGCAAACAGCCCUGCCCGCGGCCUUCCCCCGAUCCCCGACCCCUGCUCGGGACAGGGGGCUCUGGCUCCUUGACUGCUGAAGACCAGCUGGCAGGGGCACGAUGGGGGUCUAGCUACCUAUGGAUGAAAGCCACAAACGGAGCCCCCUCCCUGGGGACCCCCACCCAUACUCAGCAGGGAUUUCUGAAUACCCCAGGGGCUUCUGAGUGGCCUGUGUUAGUCCCCCUGCUCCUGGGACAACUUCGAGGAGGAAUCAUGGAGGAGGAGGCUCCCCGUUUAUCUGCACCCCCCCUCAGGGCAAACUGGGGACUGCAACCCAUUGACACCCUCUAGGGUGACUGGAUAUGCUACAGUGGGGUCCUCAGGACUGAGCUUCAGCUGGCACUGCCCUAGCGAGGGGGUGGGUGGAGUACCCCUCUGGCCAGCCCUGCUCCACCAGCACCCUGAGCUGGGGCAGGGGCAGGAGGGCGAGGGCUGGGUUUUGAACUAUCGCUGUGAUACCUUAAGGCACCCUCCGAGGGUGCACACGUGCGCACAGGUGGCGACGCGUCUGGCACAAGCAUUUGGAUCCACACCUCUGCACAAGUGUGAAUACCUCUGCACACACGGACGUGGCUGUGUGUGCACACGUGGGGUGGGGUGGGGUAUGGAGAACUUAAGAUGUCACGUGACCAGUCCACGUGGCUCCCAGCCACCCGUGUCCUCCUGCCCAGACCCUGGCAGUGCCCGGGGGCAACUGGAGGCUGCACCGGCCUGGGCCUGGAACUGGCUCCAUAUUGCAUCCUGUACAUAUGUCAUCGAGGCUCGGGGUGGGGAGGCAGGGACAGACCAUCAAUUAAAGAUCAAGUCUGGGGGCUCA